AUGGCGGCAACGACCGCGGCUAGGAUCUGGUCGAUUGGGCAGCCGACGGCCUCCCGCGAGUGGGGGAACAGUACGGGGGCGCAGCAGGCGGGUUUCUACCAGCUAAAAUCAGAAUGGAGAGCAAAGACUUGGCCAGGAUAUGAGGUGGUGAAGAGGCGGCGCAAGGCUGGUGAUGACGAUAAUGAAGAAGAAGAGUAUGUGUUGCUAGAGUUGGAUGAUUGCUUUUAUUCCAACGUCCAACCAAAUUCUCCAUAUAUACUCUCUGGUUUGGAUACAUUGACUCCUACCUUGAUAGUUGGUGAUGGCCUGAAGAUGAUUGGUGAGUACAAAGAAACGGUUGGCACGUGCUAUGCAUUUUCAGAAAGUGAUGCUCCACCAAAAUCCAUUCACGACGGGAUGGCCCCUCCCAAAGAAAAUAAGGGAAAGCAAGCCAGCAAUAGCAAGGAAGCACCAGCACGAUCCAAGGCAGUGAAACAUCUCUCGAGCGUUCAAAAGAUACUCAAAUUCCGGUCCAUCGGUGAGGAUCAUCAGGACUACAGAGCAUAUCUGGACAAGGACAAAUAA